AUGGAGGUACACAUCGGGCUAGGGGGGGUAUACAAGCAGCCUCCCGGUAAGAUGAUCCGGGGAGCCUUUGAAAACCUUUUCCUGAGUGUAAGGGAGGCGCUGCAGGGAGAGCGGAGAGCGGUGACCACCGAACACCCUCCCGUCUGGAGCCGAGACCCUGACUGGUCGGAACCACCACCCCCCGCAGCCGCCUGGGCAGAGGACGCAGGACCCCGCAGCCCGAUCCCCUCAGAGGGUCAUCAAUUUCCCGGGCUGAGUGGCUGCCCCAGAGAGUUGAAGGAGAUCCUUGGGGAGCAGAGCGGCAUGCUGGAACAAGAGGAGGUCCCCACGGAUCGCCCACACAAGGAAGGGAUAUCUGACAGCGCCAAGGAGAUCUGCAAAGCUGUAUCGGUAUCCCUGGGUCUGAGCAUGGAGGCUCUGGAACAGUUGAGUUCUGGGGGGGAGGCACAAAGAGUAGACUGCAUGUAUGCUGCGCCCCCCACGCACCCCCUAGAUACCCACAAGUGCCAAGUAGGAGAGGAGGACAAGAGUGACACUUCUUCCCCCCAGUACCGUGAGGGUGCCUUUAGGAGGAGCAGCCAGACUAACUUCCCAGCUGGCAAAGCCCCAGAGGAUGCCAUUGCUCUGGGCACCGAGGAUAAGGAGCAGUUAUGUACUGACUUGGCCAUACCAGAGCCUGGGGGUUACCGGCCGCAAAACCGUUGUAUGGAUCUGACUCACAGCCUAACUUUGUACAAGCCUACUACUUUUAUGGAGGAGACCCCACCAUACCCGAGUAGGGAGUAUUACAGCUUUCAGAUGGCACUUGCCCCUCAUGGUAGAAUCAAAGUAGAGAACCCUGUGGAGUAUAGUGGCAGUGCUUGGGGGGCACCAAGUAGGUACAGUGAACUCUCAGGCUUUGCCCAUUGCAGUGCAGCCCCCAGUUGGCACUCUCUUUUUGAAGAAGGCCAGUCCAGCAGCUCUUACACAGAUGCCACACCAUACACCUAUCCACGAAGCCAUGUGCAGUCAUGUCCUGAAGGAGAUUACCCAUCCGAAACUUGGUAUCCAGCACCAGCCAUGUUGGGCAGAGUACCAUAUGGUGGACCCAUGAAGACUGAGAUGAGCCCUUGGAUGGAGGGAUAUCCUAGUGCAUUUGACCUGAGGCUGGAGCCUGGCAGAGACCACUUGCUGCCUAUUGAUUAUUAUUUCCCACCACAGAAGACAUGUCUGAUUUGUGGGGAUGAAGCCUCCGGAUGCCACUAUGGAGCCCUCACCUGCGGAAGCUGUAAAGUCUUCUUCAAGAGAGCAGCGGAAGGAAAACAGAAGUAUCUCUGUGCCAGUAGGAAUGACUGCACCAUUGACAAAUUUCGGAGAAAAAACUGCCCAUCAUGCCGUCUGCGGAAAUGUUAUGAGGCUGGAAUGACAUUAGGAGCACGCAAACUGAAGAAGCUGGGGAAUCUGAAGGCUCAGGAAGACUUGGAGGGAUCUCCUGGACAAGGGGAGAGCAGCCGAGAUCUGACUCCCACCAUGUCCAUCUCACAACUGGAGGGCUAUAGCUGCCAGCCCAUCUUCCUUAAUGUGCUGGAGGCCAUUGAGCCCAUUGUGGUGUGCUCAGGACAUGACAAUAACCAGCCAGAUUCAUUCGCUCUGCUCCUUAGCAGUCUGAACGAGCUGGGAGAAAGGCAACUAGUGCAUGUGGUGAAAUGGGCAAAAGCAUUACCAGGUUUCCGUAACCUACAUGUAAAUGACCAAAUGACUGUUAUACAGUACUCUUGGAUGGGACUCAUGAUCUUUGCCAUGGGCUGGAGAUCCUUCAAAAAUGUCAACUCUCGGAUGCUCUAUUUUGCUCCAGACUUGGUCUUCAAUGAGUACCGUAUGCACAAGUCACGUAUGUACAGUCAGUGCAUGAGAAUGCGGCACCUUGCUCAGGAGUUUGGAUGGCUUCAGAUCACGCCGGAGGAAUUCCUGUGCAUGAAAGCUCUGCUACUGUUCAGCAUUAUUCCUGUAGAAGGUCUAAAGGACCAGAAGUGCUUUGAUGAACUGCGGAUGAACUACAUUAAAGAGUUGGAUCGUGUGAUCUCCUGCAAGAGAAAUAAUCCAGCAUCCAGCUCCCGACGCUUCUUUCAGCUCACCAAACUCUUGGACUCUGUGCAGCCGAUUGCACGUGAGUUACACCAGUUUACAUUCGACUUGUUUGUGAAGGCGCAGAUGGUGAGCGUGGACUUCCCCGAGAUGAUGUCUGAAAUAAUUUCUGUUCAGGUCCCCAAGAUCCUCUCUGGCAGAGUCAAACCCCUGUACUUCCACAGUUCCUGAAGGGUCCUCACAGGGCCAGCCCCCACUCACUUGUAGUGUGCCUUAAGGGUCACCAUACUCAGAUAUGCAACGCAGACUCUAGCCUUGUGCAUCACAGAGGGGAGGCGUGAUCUCUGCACACUUAUAUGUAUGUGUGUGCAGAAUAGGGGUCAUGCCAACACAACCCUAAAGGUACCAUGGUGUACCAAGAGGACUGCUCCUAUAUCAGCUAUGUAAUUAUGACUUGUAUUACUGAACAGAUGUGUGAUUUCCUGCAUUUUUGCAGUAAGAGUGAUGGGACUUCUAUAUGAGGGGAAAGGAACACAUACCAUGCCUCUGUAUCUGUGUGCAUUUAUAUGCAGACAUACAGGCAAGACAGGACAGGCUGGGGUACAAGUGAGUGAGCACACAGUGCGUUAAUCCACAAACUGGACAUACCUCUUCUGCAUCCAUCCCUACCAUUAAAUGGGGACAACUGUCACCAGAAUUCUAAAAAUAAAGUGUGCUGUGUACUAAAGAUAAGCUAGCAAGAUAAUGAAAAAAAUUGCUUAUGCUGACAUUUUAGCAGUCAGCAAGUUUUGCAUAAAUCCACAAUAAUCAGCUAAAGUGGGUUAACCAAUAUUAACGGGUGUAGCCAACAUUAGCGUUUUGACACUGCCUAUGUACAAAGAAAAAAAUACGCUUAAAGAUACAGUCAUCGCAAAACCUCUACUACUUUUUUUGUGGCAGUAGACCUGUGCACAAGCAUUUUUUGUUUGUGAAUUUAAGGAUCAAUAUAUUAACCAAUAUGGCUUUUAUACAUACCAGCAUGCUCCAUUGAAAAACAAAAUUACAGUUAUUAACACACACCUACAGUGUCAUCUUUUGAUGAAGAUGAUACAGGUACAUACUUAUAUUUUGUAGUUGACAGACUUGGGAGUUAUAUAAAGCAAUAGGGGGUUUCCUUUACAUUAGAUAGACUGGUCUCCUUUUAGACAGAUUUCUCUUUGCAUUAGCCGUUGUUGUACUUAUAAUGAAGAGAAGUGGUUUUGCGCUGUAAGUAUGAGGAUAAUAUGGGGUGGGGAAUGUUUAAAUGUAUCCGCUCUAUUAGUCUAUUUAGUUCUGCUUAUAAUGAAGCUGUUGCUUUUCUGCUGCUGAAUGAAUAAUACAACAAUGAUCUUAUCACCUGUGCUAGCUGGGUCAAUCCGUAUCUUUCUUCCAUAUCCUAUUGAUCAGCUACAGGGUCAGACAAUUCACCCCAGACAAUAUCCUGAAAUAUCCACCUAUGUUAAAGGAACAGUAAAGACUGACAUUUUCAUAUAUAAUGUUUAAUUAUUUGUAGUAAAACAUAUUUGCAAUAAACUUUUUUUCAUGAUUUAUUCUGCCCCCAUUCCGAAAAUUAAGUUUCCAUAUUUUAAUGAAUGGAAGGACAUAUAGCAGAUUUCAUAAGUGUAACCCUGCCACAUAUCUGUCCCUAUAUGGCUUCAGCAGACAUUAUAAAAUAACAAACUGAAAAACAAUGGAUGUUUUGCUUACAAAAUGACAGUGGCUAGUUGUGUUUACUAGAGUAACAAGUCCUGACUGGCUACUCCAAAUAAGGCAAGUGAUAUUUGGUGAGUUCCAGUUGAUAAACAUUUGAAGCAAAGUUUUAAUGCAUUCAUAUUUUUUCACACCGCCCUAGUAUGUUGAUUUGAUUAAGUGUUUAUUGUCCCUUUAAGUUGUUUACAGUAGAUGAGAGCUUAUAGUGUAUACAGAACUUUCAACCUGAUCUAAACUAUGUUUGCACUUAAAGGGAUAGAAAGGUCAAAAAAGAAAUGUGCAUGAGUUCAUUUCAAUUUCAAAUAGAAGUAUUUUUGCAAUAUACUUCUAUUAGCAUUAAUGCAUCUAGUUAAAGUUAUUACUGAUUUUCAGUGGCAUAUGCACAUAUCCUGUGAGGCCUGUGCACCAGUAUUCAAACAUCAUGUCCGCUCAGACACAAUUCUUUAGAAGCAUCGCUCACCAUUGCCAGUUCUCUGCAUAUGCUGCCGAAAAGCAGUAAUAUAUUUUUCUACAAGCAUUUUUGCUGAUGAAAGUAUAUUGCAAAAGUACUUAUUCUUCCAAUUAAAAUGCAGCUAUGCACAUUUCAUUAUUUACCUUUCUAUCCCUUUAAUUUCCAAUUAACACAUACAAAAGUAAACGGUAUAAUUAUGGAAGGUCUCUAAUACAUUUCUUAAUAAUUAUGUAAUUAUGUUUUAAUCUUCUAAAAAGAAGCAACAACCCUGCUUAUUUCUUGGACCAAUGCAGCAAUUUGCAUUUGUUAAUAGGUGAUAUCAAAUCUGCCACAAUAGUAUCAUGUUUAUCAUAUCCUUAGGCAAGGGCAGCUUUUAAAAUAUAUUGCUUGUUAAAAAUAUAUAAUAAUAGUAAAAAAAAACAAAAAAGUUUAAUCCAGUCUAAGGCAUUGAAGCCAAAAUGUGCCCUUUUUUUAUCCCACCCUACUCCACUACUGUUUACCAUUUGCAACACACAACAUUGCAAUUUGAUUGGCUCAUUCGUGUGUAUAUGUAUUACUGGUUAGUGUAUAGGUUUGUAACACUUAUGUUGCUAAAACAAAGAUUGUCAACCAAGGUUCAGGGAUGCUCUCAUGUGGCACAGAAAUUUAGUGGCUAGAUAGAGUCCUUUUCCGUUUCAUUCUCUACAAUUUAUUAGCUCACAGCCUUUUAACUUUUUCUGUUUAUAUUGUAUACUAGAGUCCCAGGAAUGUCAGAAACAUAUAAAAUGUAUAUUGGGGUGGCACAUGUAUUAAGGGUUUUCCAAAGAUAUCACUGGGGACCACAGUGCUAAUUUAUAGUUACAUCUGAAGUUUAUUUAUCUAGGGUAUAUAAUUUAGUUUCUAUUGGUAGAUUCUUUUAUUCUAGUCAGCUGCCCUGUGAGUGGGAACCUUUUUGUAAAGCCACUUAUUUCAAUAAAGUUUGUUUGUCACUGUUCUGUUCUGUAAAUUUAAAGGGAUACAGCAAAACUCUAAUGAAGCCGAUAUUCUAAAAAGUGAAUAGCAGUGUCAAAGUAAUUAUAAAAAAAAAAUUGAACAUUCAAUUCUAACAAAUUUUUACAAUGUUGGUUCCAUUAUUAUUCUAUUGAUACCACUAUCCAAAUGCAAAUAUUAAAAUGUUUUGUUUACAUGUUACAUUCAAUAUUUCUAAGUUAACCGUAACUAUUCUACCAAUCAAAUACCAGCAUCAUAACAUACUGAAUACAGAAAUACAAAGAAGUGUAAUCUGCAACGUAUUUCUCAGCCAAAUAAUUACUCCAGCCAUUUUAUCAGGCAUAUUACAAACAAUGCCCAGGGGAAAUGUAACUUCUCGCAGCACCAGUCACAAAACGUAUAUCUUAUCUUGUAUGAGCUGAUGCCACACUAUAACUAUUUACAUAUGCCUAUAGAUUGUAAUUUAGCUAAGAAGCAGUGCUCUGUAAUCCUUUUUCCCAAUCUUGCUUCCCUGUCUAGUCUUUAUCGUACUUCAUGCAUAGUGCUAAAGAAUGAGCUUAUUACAAGUAAAGAUAAUAGUUAUAAUAAUAUAAGUCCUACAACUAAAAUAUAUAUCUAAUCAAUCCAAAAAAAAUCUACAGUCCUCUAAUUCUCCACUGUUAAGCAUGACCAAUUUAAAAAUAAGUUACACUUCAAAUUGCCCAUGUGAUUUUCAGUCUAGUAUCACACAUAAAUAAAGUUUAAAAUAAACACGAUUUGAAAGAAAAGAAAACAAUAGUGUUCCAGUUUACAUUAAAUACACAUCCUUCUGCCAAGGGGAUUAUUUCUAUACAAUUCUAACUUUGUUAGUGUAUUUCCUACUGCAACACAUGAUCUACAACAUCCAAUACCAGUUUUCAUAAGAUAUCACGUCUAAGCUGUGCUAUUGCAAGACUGCAAUAUUGUUUUAUAGGCUUAUUCCUAUAUACUCACUCUCCAACACAUGAACUUAUAAAAUACAGUAUAAAUUCAAAAUGUGUACUACUAUUGCUCAACUAUGGUGAAUUUAAAUUAUAACUAAAUAAUAACUAUCCAUUCCAACCCAAUUUAUUUUUUUAUUAUAUAUUACUCUCCCAAAUACAGACUUGUAAUUCCUAAUCAAUUAAAAACAUGUAAUACGAAUACUAUGAGGAAUGAUAAUUCUUAUUAACAAAUCUAUUCCAAUUCACAGCUGACCCUCUGUAAAAAAACAUUUUUUCAGAUGAGCUUUAUAGAGUCACACAGCCAAUGAGAAGCCAUACCACAUGCCUCCUCAGAGUAGACUGGUGUGCAGACCUGAGCCUUUACUGAAGCUGGACACAUGAACAAACCAUCUUGAUAUUACGAAUCCAGAUUCAUUAGAGUCCCAAGAACACACAGUAGUCUAUUUAAAAGGGCAGGACGUGUGGCUUUUUGUUGGCUAUGCCAUACAAUGAUGCUUCCUCUAGAAGGUGGGUUUGCAGAAGGGCAGCUAGGGAGUAUUGACAGUGGACGACAUUGAGGAUAUUUAUUUUUCUGUUAAAAAAUUAAAUCAGAACUGAGGGAUCCAUAGAAUAGGGUAGAACACAAGUCGCAUGAGGCUUAAAAGUGUAUUAAGUUCACUGUUUGCUUUUAAUGAAAUUUUCAUCUUGCAGUGUGAGUGAAUACCCUCAACAGACAGUGUGAUCACAAUGUAAAAGUAAAUCACACUAGUACGGAAAUGGCUCUGAGAACACCCUUUCAAUCUCAAAAGGUGACUUCAUACAAAAACAGGAAUACUCACAUGUGAACUUGGUAGCGUCUCGGCCAUGACGGAGCGCCUGUGGUGAGCUAUGAGAUACAGAACAGACACUGCUCUUACCUUUUUGUAGCUCUUACACUGCUUCAUCAGAAAUAUGUCUGUUCUGUUAACGGGACACUGUACCCAAAUUUUUUCUUUUGUAAUUCAUAAAGAGCAUGCAAUUUUAAGCAACUUUCUAAUUUACUCCUAUUAUCAAUUUUUCUUCGUUCUCUUGCUAUCAUUAUUUGAAAAAGAAGGCAUCUAAGCUUUUUUUUUGUUUUUUGUUCACCAAAAAUGGGUCGGCUUCUAAACUUACAUUCUUGCAUUUCAAAUAAAGAUACCAAGAGAAUGAAGAAAAUGUGAUAAUAGGAGUAAAUUAGAAAGUUGCUUAAAAUUUCAUGCUCAAUCUGAAUCACGAAAGAAAAUAUUUUGGUACAGUGUCCCUUUAAGGUGCUGUGCUAAGUAAUAAGCCCCAACCAUUCCCAAUUUAAAUCAGCCAAUCCAGGAUCAUCUUGCUCUACUGGGCGGGUUCUUGACAUAAAAAAAGUGACUCAUUCAAAGGAAAAGGGGAUUUACUCCCUGAUAAAAACCUUAUUCAUGACCUAAUAAUACAUAUCAAUACAUAACUAACAACUGAAUAAAAACACAAACAGCUCUUAAAACCCAUGACUAUAAUGAAAUAAGCAUGAAGGAAAUUACUUUAAUAACCUUUCAAAGAAAUAAAUAGAGAUUUUAUAAAACUCAAUUUUUUCAGAUUUAGUAUUAAAAAAAUAAUAUUAAUAUAACUUUUCAUAAGACAAUACAAUUGUCCAGAUUUAAUAUUCAAGGGAGAGUAAAGUCAAAAUUAAACUUUCGUGAUACAUUGCUGUUCCUUCAAAAAAGGAUACCAAGAGAAUGAAUUAAAUUCUAUAAUAGAAGUAAACUGGAAAGUGGUUUAGGGUUGUAUGCUCAAUCUGUAUCAUGAAAUAAUUUUUUGUGUCCGUUUAAGGGAAAAUAUUAUAAUACUCAGUAAUACCAAUCCUCUUCAUAAAAUUAUGAAAACAUAAUAAUCUCCAUUAUAUUUUAUAGGAUUAAUCAGAUACAUAGAAAAGGUAGUUAAUGACAAACAAUCAGAUUUUAUUCAGGUAAAAAAAACAUACAAAUUAAUGUAUACCAUUGGCUCUAAUGACUGAAUUUUAAAAAUUCAUUCAGUUUCUCUUUUUUUUUUCUAAGUUCUAAAAAUCUACUUUGACCACCACUUCUAGGGAGAAUUUGGUUAAUAAUGUAUCCUUUUUUUUGUAGCUUCUUGUUCGCAAUAAAAUAAAAUUUAAGAAUAGGUUUGGAUACACCAGGCAAACGUAGCUAUUUCAAAUGACAAAAUAAAGGUAAUGCAUUAAAGAGAGAAUAUUUAUAGUACACUGUCCCUUUAAUUGUUUUGUGAUAAAAUUGUUUAUUUUGGCAAACCUAAACGGCUAGAGUAGAGGGUUAAAAUGUUAGCGCUGCUUUGGUUGUGCUUGAAUUACAACCCAUAACUUUCAUCUUGUAAUAUGAGAGAUAUUUAGCACGGUCACAAUAUCCAUUGAAAGUAUAGGGCACGCUAUAGGGAUGUUGGCCAUGCUAAGCCUUCUCUGGUAAAUCUAUUUUACCAUGGACUUGUAAUAUCAAUUUAUGCACUAAUUUAUCACGGUACAGUGAUAUUGAUAUCGCGCCCCAUUUGUAAUCUGGGCCAAAAUGGCCACAUAUCAAUAGAGCUUUUCACAUUUAGCUCUAUAAAUUUAAGGAACUUUGUACUGUAAAACUGGUUUUAGACCUUGUGUUCUAAUGUAGGGGUCUCCGUUUCACAUAAACAUUUCUCAAGAUAAAAUUUGUGUUUCUAAAUAUUUUUUUAAGGUCUUUGCCGUACAGAAGAGACUUGUUACAAUAUCUCCCCUGAGAAGCAAGGUUUUAAAUAUCAGGCCCUUAGAGAGAACAAUAUUACCUGUCUCUUAUACCCCUACUGCAAACUUGAUUGUUGCUUGUUGCCUUUUGAUUACACAGUGUUUCUAUAAGGAAUACUAACUAAAGCAUUCAUAUUUUCAGUAUAGGUCGCUGUAUCAACAGACAAAACAUAUAUUUUAAAUAGCAAAAUAAAGAUAAAGAAGCUAUUUGUAAAAAGGAAAAAAAAAAAAUUCACUCCAUCAUGCAAAACAGAUAAUUGGGAACACAUUCAAGUGAAGGAAGAUUUACAGUACAAUAUACCUUUAAGGUUUUAAAGCUUAUAAUAAUGUGAUGUUAAAUAACUGGUUCAUAAGGUACACAGCAAGUAUAAUACUAGACAACCCCAUCACUAGGUUAGAAAUUCAUUUGCUCAGUUACUGUGCCCUUGUCCAUGGUGCAUGUUCCUGUAUCAUGCGAUCAGGGAAAUUGAGUUUUAUUUUCAAGGAGAUGUUUUUGAAGCGGCUUAUAGAGCAGGGGACCUUGAGCAUGAAGUCUCCGGGAACACAAAAACGUAGAGAAAUGACUGCUUACAAAGUAACUAUUAAGGCUGAAGAGUAUACAAACAUCUAUUAAGCCAAUCAAUUUGUGUCCUCUUUAAUACAAGUUUUGUUUGCAUUGAUCCAGAGGAAACAAACCAAAACCUCAAAUACUAAAUAUAAAAAAUUGGAGAUUAUUAUUACAUUUUUUAUGUUCUUUGCCAAGUUGGAGAUUUUCAUAUCUUAUUUUGCAUCAGUUUUUAAAUUAAACUUAGAUUGAUUGGAUAGAGCAUGACAUUUAAAUUAACUUUCCAAUUUACUUCUAUUAUCAAUUAUUCUUGUCUUUGCAUCAUUUUGUUAACCCUUUCAGUGCGCAUGACAACACAUGAUCAUCAUCCCUUAUUUAUACGAAUCUGCUGAGUCUCCGGGCAAAAAAAGAUAUAUAAUAUAUGUGGGUUUCUCACUGAAAAAAAUUACCUACAGUAGCGCCUAAAUAUGAGCAGCAUCUAAAAACUGAAAAACAGCUCAGCACAGGGGUGGAAAUAGCUCAGCAGUUUAAGGUGUGUGCUUAGCCAUUAGACAAAAGUGUUUGCAACAAUGUUUAUGGCAAUGUUAUAUAUAUUUGCAAACCCUACUGCCAAAGAAUGCUAAAGACACAUGCACACUCUGAGCUCCUAUCAGCUUAGAUAGAUCUACUCUUCAACAAAGGAUAGCAUAGGAACAAAAAUAUAACAUGAAUAACCAUAGUCAUUAUUUUCCAUAGUAAAGCACGUUACUUUGAUGUUAAGUAGCCUGUUGUAUUUCAGGACCCCCAUAAUAAUUGGGGAAGGUGCAUUUUCAGAGCUACUUGAGUAUCUCUUCACAGGAAGAACCCUGAUAGGCAGCUUAGUCACACAUCAUCUAUAGCAGUUUCUCAAUCCCAGUCCUUAAGGAGCCAUAACAGGCUGUUCAUUGGCUCAAUUAGUAUAACUGUCUCACCUGUGCGUAAAUCUAUUACAUCUGGCCUGUUAGGGGUCUUUGAGGACUGGAAUUGAGAAACACUGACCUAUAGUUUGAAAUAACUCACUCGUUUACCAUAAAGUUAGAUUCAUGUUCCAGUAUGUAUUCAUCAACAUUAAUGUUAUAAAGUGCAUUUUAACAGCUGCUGAACUCUUUUCCAUACAAAAAUCAUUUUUUACAUGUAGAAAAGAUGAUAGAAAUAUUUGUUUACAGCAUAUUAACUGAUUAUUGUCUUAGAAAACUUGCAAAUGACAACACUAUACCAUUUCAUAUUUAUGGGGGUUGAUAACUUUGAGAAAUGCAAAGCAUUUUGGGGAGCUUACAGCUGCCAUAACCUCCUCUUAAAUUGGUAGCUAUGUACUCUGUAGUCUGCAACACAAUUAUUGAUACAUUGUCUGGGGUGAUUCUCUGACCCUAACAAGCUGCUCUUAAGGAGACAUAUGCGUUCCAUAACCUAGCACUAAUAUAAUAGUAUGCAUAGCUUAGACAGCAGAAAAAAAUCAUUGCUCUGCACUAUUUGUUUGCUGACCUUCAGCUACACUGGCAAGGGGAUAGUAGCUUGAUUUGUUUGUACGGACUAACGUAGCUAACAUGUUGUUUAGGAUGACAUUAAGCACAAAGAACAUGUUGCGAACACAACAGGCCACUCUUCAGAGAGAUUAGAGAAGGGCCUGGCUAUCGAACAUGAUGAUUGCACUUUGUAUGUUUAGCAAAAUUAAAAAAUAUAUUCUGUAAUCAGGGCAUUGUGUAAAAUGUUUGGGGAGAGGAAGAGGUAGAAUCCCCACUCUACCUUUUGGGCUAAAUGUAAAGCAAAGCAACUCACUACUACCUACACAUCUAUAUGAAUCCUGCUAAUGAUAGUAAGCAAAAAAAAUCAAGUAUUCCCAUAGCAGGAGGGAAUCUAAAGAUCCUUUGGCAUUGCAGAUUUAAGGUUAAAAUAACUGGUCUUGUUUCUCUUUCUUUGCAACACUGAAGCAAUUGGGGAAAUCAAUAUCAAAGGUUUUUAUUUGUCUAUUGCGCAAGAAGUUAGUUGUGUACAAUGUACACAGUCCCCUGACAUUGACAGUGUGAAAGCGCCACUUAUCCCCAGUGCUCCCCUUUUUGUUAGUUUACCAUGUCAUGAUUACAGUCACUAAAACAUCUGUGGCAGGACUAGUGUUGAAUGUGUAAUUACAUGGGUAUAAAAUGUAGAGUCAGGUUGAGUUGUGUAUCUCAAACACAAAUCAAUGCUCAAUCCUUCUUUGUAGAACUAUACAGUCAGGUAUAUGAUACUAGACUUUCCCGUGCCAUGAGAUAUGCAUUGUUACUAGAGUUUAAACUUUUAAUCUAUUCAUUUUCUUGUAUUUGGUUCAAACGUAAUAUACAAUUAUUGAAACAUCAAAACUAUUGGAUUCAGUAGUUUUUUAAACAUGAGUAAAAUUCAUUAAAUAAUUAUAUGACAAAAGCUGCACAUGCUUAAAUCCUACUUUUUUUAUUUUUCAACAAAUAUCUGGCAAAAACACAGCAUAUGAACCAAAAAAAUAUGUUUAUGUACACAGACACACAACAAUCACUAUUAGUUUCAUGAAAAAUAUUUUAAAAACUACUUCACAAAUUAAUAUAUUGUUAAAUAAAGAGCAAGAAGACACUAACUUUGGCUGUAAACAUGACAACAUUUUCUCAUGAUUUCAUUGUCCAUUUGUUUUCUAAACAUCUCAGACUACAAACCAAGCCUCUUUUUCUACAAUUGUUUUCUGCUUUGCUUAUUUAAAUACCUCUUUUGCCCAAAAGGCAUCUCUCUUUUGUCAUGCUAAAGCAAAGGACAAAAAAUGGGAAUGGCAUCCAAUUUGUUUGUCAGAUGACGCUUUUGAGAGUUGGGAAUGCUACAGCUAUGAUCAGGGACACCUAGCACCACAGUUCUCAUUAAAACCGACACUCAUUUUAAUGAAAUGUUUUAAACAACAAUAAAAAAUAUUUUUUUGUCUUUCCAUCUCUAAUAUUCCACAGUAUGUUAUCUAAAUGUAUACAAGUUACCUGUACUUUGUAUACAGGUCAAACAUUAAGCUUUUCAUCUCAACAGGUCACCAAUAGAAACACUGUCUAACAGGACAAAUGAUGGUAAGCAAGUGGCAUAGUCAUGUAGGGUGACAUUGUAAUGUUGGAUUUGAUCCUCAAAGAUAAAUAUGUCAAAUGCUCAGUUUGUUACAGAGGCUAACAACCUAGUUUUUACUGCUUUGCCUGGGGAUCUUUACUGAUGUUCAUAGUGCCAAAAAGACUACCUAAUGUAUGUAUAUAUAUAUAUAUAUAUAUAUAUACAUGUUCUACUACCUACAGGAUGCUAGCAGCAGGCUACUACACAUAUAUCAGCUACCUAUUUGCUGCUAGCACCUUGCCUGCUUCAUGUAACACUCCUGUGUUGUCUUGUCUCCUUGUUACAUAUAACUCACUGAAGUGGCUUAUUAUUGUGCAUAUUACUUGUGUUGUAUUGUAUACUUCAAACUACCUGUCACUAUUCCUCAGCAAGGUUUUUGUUUUUGCUUUAGUCUAUUAGGAGGGCUCCAUUGCAGCCCUAUUCUGUAAUUAAAAGGUUAAAACAAUUUGACGCUACCUAUCUCAACUGCUUACAAGCAUUAGUGUAACAUACAGCAGACAGGCUGGGGUCUGCAAAGCGCUAAGGUCUAGGACUUGAGACUGAUUUUCAUAGGGCUCAUGAACUCCUGCAGUGCCUUAUCUCAACUGCUACCAAAGGGGUCCAUUAAAAAGUAGUGCCCCUAUCAAGCAAAGAAGGAAUUAAAGUGAUCACGCACCUCAUGAUGAGCUCGCCCCAUCUUUAAUGACAUUUUACUUUUCUAUGGGGCUGUUUGUGUAUUCUGCUCUGAACUCGAUAUUAUAAAGAGGAUUUGAUUUGUAUGGACAUAACAUUUAUUCACAGAUGCCCACAGUCCGACAGACCCGACCUCUUGGAAUGCCUGCGCUGCCAUCAUGGCUGUACCUUCUCCCCUUUACUUUAAAAAGUUAUUUGCACUUGGAUCCAAUGGGAUAAUUGUUGCUUAUUUCUUGUUAUAAUGUUUAGUUCAAAAGAGGAAGAAAGAAAAAAAAAUUACAUUUUUAUUCAUUUUUAAAAUGCUAUAGCUGUCAUUUUUUUUAAAAAAAGUAUGUAUAUGAAUUAUAUGUAUAAACAUAUAUGGAUUGAUAUAUCUCUAUAUGUGUCAUGUAGAAACUACCAAAUGAUCUGCAUCUUGUCUUUCUUUGACUGACACACCUAUAAAGUUGAAUGUGAUUCUA